AAAAUUCUACGCCUCACAACAAAACUUAGUCAGCACAACACAACAACCCACAAUUCAACACAACCUACCUCAUUCGCUCCUCAACCCCCACCAAAACUCCAACAACCUCAAACCUCAACAAGUAGUUUUGAAUUUUUAUUAGGUUGUUUUGCUCCACUUCCACAUGCUCGAAGCAUCUCUUUUAUUUACCACGUUAGAAACAUAUAACACGUCCAUGCAUUAAAACAUUAAAAAAAGUCCACCAUUCUCAUAUAUCAUAUUAUCAUUUAUUUCUAGGGACUUGUGUUGCGUCUAUAAUCUAUAUAAACAAGUUUGCAACCCAAAACAUGAAUGAUUUCAUCUUAGAGACCCAGUACUUCCCCACAAUGUCUUUGUGGGUCUUUAAUAUCAUCCGUUUGUACGUGAUGAGCACGUGGCCUCUACUAAUCUAUGCUGCCACUUGGGUUACGGCGUUGACGCUGACUGUGGCAGUGGCCUCGUUCUCCCCCGAGGUGGCUUUUGUCUCUGCCAUAUCCCCCUCUUCUUCAUUCUCUGAGAAGUGCAAAAGUAAGAGUGUUAGAGUUCCCUUGGAUGUUCCAGGAGAUACCCUGUGUUUCCCUCCUCACCUUUUCACUAAGUCCCACAUUGAUACCAUUGUUCCACCAGUCUUUGCAGCACUCAUUGUAGCUGCUUCUGCUUGCGUUGUAAGAGCCGUGGGCUUGUGGGAGCGCGAAUAAACAACCUUAGAGAUGCAUCUAACUUCUAUUCUUUGUGGAAUCAAAUUUAUCCAAAGUUAUUGUUAUCUAUUUUACAAAACAAUUGUUAUUUAUAAACAUAAUAGUAUCAAUAUAUAUUUUAACACUUGAGGUCUCUUGGCAUUAAUUGUUAAUGUAUCUUAUUUUUAAUGUAUU